AGAAAACGUCAAGGCCUGGUUGAGCGUGCUGUCACGAGCUUCGCGUGCGUUCAGAAGAAGAAGAGGCACGGGUCCAGCUACGGCAACCAGUUCCUACUGUAAUCGUCUAGACACCCGUCAGCACAACAGGCUAGGCUAUACGACGCUUGAACCUCGUUCAACGCACUGAACAGGAAUAGCACGAGUACUUCGACGAGGUGCUUCGUUUCCUCAGCAGCGCCAAGGCGUUUCCGUGGCAUGACAAAGACACAUGGACGCCUUUAUAUGGAGCCAGCGUCCGCCGUCGUCGACGCUUCGCGCGUUCGUGCUGCACAGCUUCGUGGUGCUCGUCGUGACCGCGCUGCUCCUGGCCACCGUGCUCACCAUGAACCUCGCGCGCAUCGAGGAAGCCAUUGGAUUUCCAGCCUCCAACAAGACACGUCGAGGAUUGCUGAGCCACGCGUCCGAGCGAAUAUUGUUCUGCGACGCCAAGCAAUGUGAAUACGAAGCGCGCUUCCUGAACACGAGCGUGGACUGGUCGCUGAACCCUUGCGACGAUUUCUACAAGUACGCCUGCUCACGUUGGAAGGGACGCCACCACGUGCCGAACUACAGCGACGAGCGGUCCCUGUUCACCGUGCUUAGGCGGGCGCUCGACAUGGAUGUGCUCAGCAUACUGAACGCGACACUGCUACCGGAAGAGCUACAGACGCCCAAACAGAAGGCUGCUGCUCUUCUUGCAGGCUGCAUUGAUAGGCGCCAGCUCAACCGCCUAGGCGUGGCUCCAUUUGCCCGACUGCUGGAUCGGCACGGUCUUUCCGGAUGGCCGCACUCGAACCCGAAGCCACCCGAACCGGCGCUGCUUGUGGGUGAACUGACUCGACGGCUACGGCUGCAGACCUUCUUCUCGACCACCGUCUCCGUGCAUCCCAAGGACGUAUCCAGACGCAUGAUCCACUUGGACGAACCGCACACGCUGUUGUCAAAGGCGAUGCUCCUGGAAAUGAACGUGCUGGAGAAAUACCGCGUGCUAGUUACCAACAUGAUGCACGUCUUCCGGGACAGCGACGAAAACAUACCGAACAACGUGAUGCAAAUGGAGAUACAACUCGUCAUGGCAACGGAUCUCGCGUGGAAACGGAAGCGGAAGCACGCCGUCAAGGUCAAUCUUGGCAGUUUGCCAAAGUCUCACAAGUGGAACUGGGCGCUUUUUCUGAAGACCAUCGCCGGAGACUUAUUGGACGUGAGCAACGACACGCAGGUGGUCUCCGGGAGCCCAGAGUUCUUCGCGCGUCUGGCCAGCAUACUGAACAACGCCUCCAGGAAGGCCAUCACGGACUAUACAGCCUGGCGCCUCCUCGUGCACGUGGCGCCUUUCCUACCGGACGCCUUCCGACCCCUGGUGGCCCUGUCCAGGAACGCCGAUGAAGAAGGCCGGAGCACCAGCGCGUUCGCGGCGCCCCCUAGGUGGCGCGCCUGCUACGAGCGCGUGGCCGACCUGAUGCAGUACGCCGUGGCUGCCGCCUACGCGCAACGGUUCCUCGUCGGCAAGGCGAGCGCGCUGCGCAAGGACGUGAAGAAGAAGUACGCACUAUUCAGCGAGCGCAUCCUCGACGUGGUGCGAAAGUCGCGAUGGAUCCAUCCCAAGUCGAGCCAAGUCAUACAGCAGAGGAUCCUAUCCGUGACACCCUACUUUCUUUACCCCUCUUUCGUGGAGAACGACUACGCCAUUUCCGCUUUUUAUCACGUGGUUCCCGAUGUGCAAGUAGGGGCAGUUCUUGAAAGCUACUACAACACCCGAUCAGCGCUGAACGACCACUACUGGCAGUGGCUUGUGGAAGACUGGAUUGGCCCAGAGUGGGAGGCACCGUUCCUGAGACCCCAAGUCUUCUUCAACCAGGAAUUCAACACACUAGCCGUGCCCUUUGGAAUACUCCAGAGUCCACUUUACUACACCAACAUGCUACCGCCUGUCGACGCCGCACGUUUUGGCUUCCAACUGGUCAGGGAGCUGACACGGGCUCUCAUUGCCAGUGGGCCUUUCUACAAAGAACGCAAAAAUGUGAAGAAGGCGUGGGACCGACUGACGCAGGAGGAGUUCAGGAGCCGUCACAACUGCUUCCUCCACCAGUACGGCCAAGUAUACGGCAAACAGAUAAACCCAUACGCUUCGAUAACCGAAAACAUCCUUGACAACGCGGCUCUUCCAAUCGCGUACCGGGUGUACCGCAAGCUCGUACGCAAGAGCCGGUCCCUGGGUGCCACGGACUGGGUGCUCAAGCAGCUGCCAGAGGUGUCCUCUGACCGCAUCUUUUUUCUGGCCUUCGCCACGAUGUUCUGCGAUUUGAAGCGGACCAGAGCUCUUAAGAUGCAGCUGACGCACGGACCAUUCAGCCCAUCCAAUUAUAGGGUGAACGUUCCCUUGAUCAACUUCCCCAAGUUUGCGCAAGCCUUCGGGUGCGGCCCCGACGACGCCAUGGUGCGCGAGGAGCAGUGCAGCCUGUGGGACUGAUUGCGCGCAAUCACACGCCGACGCCAUUUCGACCGCAGCGUCCCCUGACGACCCACAAAUACUCGCACAGUGAUGAGUUCAUACCAGAGAGUGAGACCGCAAGUUCUAAACUGAAGCCCAUGUUUAACCAGACACUGCAGUGUCCCUUACGUGCUAUACCCAAUCAUGGCGCGACGGUGCUGUGGUACAUGUGCUUCUAGUUGGCAGCUCCUCCGUCGGGUGCAAUGUGUGUUACCUCCCCCCCCCCCCCUUUUUUUAAUUUUGCUUUAUUGAGGAGCACUGAUGCGUACGCAAUAUUCACACCAAGGAAAUGUUGAAGUUGUCGGCGCUUCCACAAAUGGGAGGCUACUCCCAGCUUGCGAGUGGCGAGUGUUAUCCGAGUGUAUUGGUAUUUUAACACGCCUGGAGGAUUAAAAGGCUCCCGUGCGA